UCUAAAAAGAAUACCGUUAGAAGAGGUCGCAAUAGAAGAAUUGCCCUCAACCAUCGGAUGUCUCUCUUCACUUGUUGCGUUGAAACCGGAGAAGUGCAAUGAGCUAGAGAGUCUCCCGGGCAGCAUUUGUGAGUUGAAAUGCCUUGAAAGGCUUUUUCUCUUGGGCUGCUCAAAACUUGGUAGAUUGCCUUCGUUAUAUGGUUUGUGCUCUUUAACACAUUUAUAUCUAGAUGACACUGCAGUUUCAGAAAUCCCUAGUGAUAUUUUCUCUUUAUCAUCUCUAAGUUUAUUGAGUUUAAACAACUGCAAAAGACUCCAACAUUUACCAGAGCUUCCAGAGCGAACAACAGUGCUCCAAGCAUUUAAUUGUACAUCGCUAAAAACUGUGAAAUCACCUUUCUUCUUCGCAUCCGUACAAAGAGGAAUAUUCAAUUAUUGCAAUUGCUUAAAUUUGGAGCAUAAUACACUUGGCAACAUUAUGACAAAUGCACGACUGAGAAUUGAAGAAAUGUUUGGUGAUGAUUUUAUUAUUGGUUUACCUGGAAGUGAAAUUCCAGAAUGGUUCAGCUAUGAGAACCUAGGAUCUUCAAUAGCUUUUGUGCUUCCUCCCGAAUGCAUUAAUGCUAAGUACCUAUGUUUCACUUUUUGUGUUGUUCUAGAAUUCAAGGUUCCUUUUGCCAUGGAAAAGCACAAUAAUUUCGUGCUUAGAUGUGAAUUGCGUCUGAAAAAUGCUGAUGGUAUUGAAGUGCCCUUACUAAUGGUUGCUCCUAAGAUUUAUCCUGAUAAUGUGCAUUUCGGGGCCACCAUUGAAUCAGAUCAUGUGUUCCUUUGGCACAAUCGUUACUGUAUUCAACCAUGGCUCAAACACAAUUGUUCAGAUGUCAACAAGCUUUCGAUUGAGUCUGAGUUCAAAGUAGACAAUUUGCAUAAAGGUGAUGCAAGGCAUAUUGAUUUAGUAGAAUUAAAGGUGAAAAGAUGUGGAAUCCACUUGUUGUUUGCUUCCAAAGAUGAGGAGUACCAAUGCAGCCCCAGCACAAUCCAAACCAAGCUCUCUUUGCAAUAUGCAUCAACCGUUUCUAAUUUUAUGCAACAAGUGAGAGGAGCCACUUGGUUUUUGUAUGGCUUUUGGUUUAUUCUUUCGUGCAGUUUUUGGUUACUGUCCUUUUGGGUGCUGAAGAGUUUUGGUUCUGCGUCCUAGUUGUUUGUUAUUUGGUCAACGGCAGCUCUUUACUUUUUACUUGUUUCAGCUCCUCUUUGGUGGAUCCGGUUCUGCUAAUUUGAUCUCUGCAUUCAGCUUAUUUGGGGUUUCCAUUGCUGUACUGCAGUUGCUUUUUGUCUCUGCUUACUGUUGACUCUCGGAUGGGUUGCUGAUGCUUUUCUUAGUCUCUGUUGUUUGUGCUUUGUUGUUCAGUCUUUUGGUUCUGCUGUGGUCUAGCAAUUCUGGUUUUUUGCUGUUUGUGCUUUUAUGUUCAGUCCAUCAUUUGGUUUUGCUGUAAUUCGAUGCAGCAAUUCCUCCUCCUGCCCCCUCACCCCCACCUUUUUUUUUUUCACUUAUCAUGCCAAUGUUUGGAUUGGGCAUAUUGGGGGAGCCUAUUCGACGCAGCAAGUAGCUCAGAAAAAUAUCUACACACAAUCAAACCUUUGAAAAUAAAUAAGAUUUGAUCCAAGAUUUUAAAAUAAAA